CCACGACCGCCGACCAAAAAACCGCCCACGCCGACCCGUCGAGGUGCGCGCGAGGCGAAGUGAAGUGCCAUCGCUGCGCCCAGUACUGCGCGCGCCCUCUGGCGAGACUCAAAAGCCGGGCGGCCGCUGUAGCCGGCAGAACAGCAACAGGCACAGUUGCAACGACCGCAGCGCUCGCGCGCUAAGACCCAGCCCGCCCGACGCGGCGCGAACCACCAGCAGCGCCGCGAAGACCGCGGCGAACCAGAGCGAGAGCCGCGAAAAAAUGGCCGGCAUAGCCGAAGGACGCCUCCGCGAGGAACGGCGCAGCUGGCGCAAGGACCACCCCAUCGGCUUCGUCGCGCGGCCUCGGAGCAAGGCCGACGGGUCGACGGACCUCCUGAACUGGGACGUCGUCAUCCCGGGCAAGAAGGACACGAUGUACGCGUUUCCGCGUCCGCGGUGCCUUCUCAUACUCGUAUCGGGUCGUGUCUCGACGUCUUGUCGGCACGACGGCGUCCCCGCACGGCGCACGCGAGACGUGCUACCCACCGUCACGCCAUCGCCGCGACGCACCCUGAUGACGACGCCACGCGCGUGCAGGUGGGAGGGCUGCGAGUUCAACCUCACGAUGGAGUUCUCCAGCGACUACCCCGCGACGGCGCCGGUCGUCAAGUUCGUGUCGCGGCCGGGCGAGGUCGAAGAACCGUGCACAAAUCAACCAGUGAGCCGGCGCGUCUGGCGUGGAGGUCGACGCGACGACUCAGCACGAAUGCGCCGUGAAAUUUUGUUUUACGCACAGGUCUUCUGGCACCUGAACGUCUGGAGCAGCGGGCGCAUCUGCCUCAAUCUGCUGAACGAGCCCGACGGGACGUGGCACGGCCAGUGGUCGCCGUCGAUCACGAUCAAGCAAAUUCUGUGCGCGAUCCAGGAGCUGCUGGACAACCCGUUCCCCGCCGGCGCGCGGCCCGAGGUCCAGACGCUCUACGAGCGGAACCGGCCGGCCUACGAGCGGCGCCUGAGGCAGGAGGCGGACAAGUACCGGAAGCGGCCGCUGCCGGACGACGACGACGACGUGGUCGUCAUCGAGUAAGAGGAUUUGUGUUUUUCCGAACCCCCACGCCAUCGCCGCGACCGUGAUAACUCAAAGAACC